GUCUCGUUCCUCAUCCGUUCUGUCCUCGCGUUCCCAGUUUUGCCGUUCCACAUCGGUCUCGCCCCCUCGUCCUGUUCCUCAGCAGUGACACGGCUGGAUUGCCCCUCGGUUGACGGGCCGGCCUGCGAUGGGUAACCGGGUCUUUACCAGUUGCAAGCUCCUGACGGACUCGUUGCUGAUGAGGCCGCGGGGUGUAGACCACCCGCACGCGGACCGCGCACCACUGCUGCCCGACCCUCAGGCAGAACCACCGUCCCAUGCCCACACCUCGGAUAAAACCGUGCAAGCUGGGGUACAGUCUUCGCAAGUUUACCCUGACCUCAUCUUGAGCAGCACCACAGCCCACGGCUUCAGCCCAAAGUGCCGCCGCGCAUCCCCAGCUUUUGACAUUGCCGGCUUCGAGGACGGUCUUGGAGGAGAAGCAGUCCCGUCGGUCCAGGAGGAAGGUGGUGUGAACAGGGAGACGCAGCGCCUGGUGGAUUGCGAGCCGGAGUCUGGCGGCCUCCCUCACGCCCUUGACGAGGUCACGGGGCAGGUGGAAGACCGCGACUGCCCGCCUUGGGUCUGGCAAGCUGAUCCUAGGCCAGAGUGCACGGACUGCGGCGAGGACAACACGCCGUACUCCGAGGAGACCCCCCUGGAAAAAGCUGACCCGGCAGAAGUGGCAGAGAGAGAGAAAAUCACCGGCCUGGGCUCGUGGAGCGAAUUAUCGAGCUGUAGCCCGGAGUGUGGUCUUCUACAGGAAGGUGGCGCUAGAGAGGGUCGGACGAAGCAGCCUUGCGCCGAGCUGGUGGCCACCGAUGAUCAUCCCCCCGGAGACGGCUUGUGCCGCCGUUCACCAUUAAACCACGGGCUUGCUGCCUUGCCGGCACUUGACCUUGUGGCUCCGCGCCCCGAGAGUGCGAGAAGGGGUGGAAAGCGGGAUUCGCCGGUGGGCUCUGCCCCGCCGCGAACAAAUGACCGCGGCUUGAAAGGGACGAGGAGGCAGGCAGAUGGAAAAGUGGCGGGAAUGUUGAGCCCGCCAUGCUGCUCGGAACUCCCUGUCACUGCAGAGGGGGCGAGCCAACACGCAACGGCUCUACGGAGGAGAAGCAAGAGAAAGAGACUUCUUCACGCCGAGCCAGCCCAUUCCUCAGGCAUGCCACUCGUGAAUGGGGACAGUGGGCACAGCCACACGGAGGCAGAAGACCACAACGAGAAGGGAGAGGGUGAGACUCGUGCCGAUGAUGGGAAUGACCAGGAAGUCAUCGUCAUCCAGGAUACGGGAUUCACCGUCAAGAUGCACGCCCCCGGGAUAGAACCAUUCGAUCUGCAGGUUUCUCCCCAGGAGAUGGUGCAGGAGAUCCAUCAGGUCCUCAUGGACCGAGAGGACACCUGCCAUCGGACCUGCUUCUCCCUGCAGCUGGAAGGCAACGUUCUGGACAACUUCUCCGAGCUCAAGUCGAUCGAAGGCCUGCAGGAGGGCUCCAAUCUGAAAGUAGUGGAAGAACCGUACACAGUCCGGGAAGCCCGAAUACAUGUGCGACACAUCAGAGACCUCCUCAAGAGCUUGGACCCGUCAGAUUCCUACAAUGGCGUUGACUGCAAUUCCCUAUCGUUCCUGAGCACGUUCACGGAGGGCGAUUUGGGAGAGAAUGGAAAGCGUAAAAGAAAAGGGUCAGAGUUGGAGCAGAUAGACUGCACGCCCCCCGAGCACAUUCUCCCCGGCAGCAAGGAGCGCCCUCUGCUCAUCCUCCAGCCCCAGACAAAGGAUGCCAAGCCUCUGCAGUGCCUGAAAGUGUUGACCAUGAGUGGCUGGAACCCUCCCCCCGGCAACCGCAAGAUGCACGGUGAUCUGAUGUACCUGUACGUGGUCACUGCCGAAGAUCGGCACGUCAGCAUAACCGCGUCGACACGAGGCUUUUACACCAAUCAGUCGACAACCUACAGCUUCAACCCCAAGCCAGCAAACCCCAGCUUUCUCAGCCAUUCCCUGGUGGAAUUGUUGAGUCAGAUCAGCCCUACUUUCAAAAAGAACUUUGCAGCCUUGCAAAAGAAGAGGGUUCAGAGGCACCCCUUUGAGAGGAUAGCGACUCCGUUCCAGGUGUACAGUUGGACAGCGCCCGCAGUGGAGCACGCCAUGGAUUGUGUCCGGGCAGAAGAUGCGUACACAUCCCGCUUGGGAUACGAGGAGCACAUCCCAGGCCAGACCAGGGAUUGGAAUGAAGAACUACAAACUACCAGAGAGCUUCCCCGCAAGAACCUUCCAGAUAGACUUCUCCGGGAGCGCGCCAUCUUCAAGGUGCACAGCGACUUUGCAGCGGCGGCCACUCGCGGGGCGAUGGCGGUGAUCGACGGCAACGUCAUGGCCAUCAACCCGGGCGAGGAGACCAAGAUGCAGAUGUUCAUCUGGAACAACAUCUUCUUCAGCCUGGGCUUCGACGUCCGCGACCACUACAAGGACCUGGGCGGAGACAACGCCGCCUACGUGGCCCCCACCAAUGACCUGAACGGCGUCCGAGCCUACAACGCCGUGGACGUGGAGGGACUUUACACGCUGGGGACGGUGGUGGUGGACUACCGAGGCUACCGUGUGACCGCUCAGUCGAUCAUUCCUGGAAUUCUGGAGCGGGAGCAGGAGCAGAGCGUCAUCUACGGGUCCAUUGACUUCGGCAAGACGGUGGUGUCCCACCCCAAGUACCUGGAGUUGCUGGAGAAGACGGCGCGGCCCCUGAAGAUCCAGAAGCACAACGUGCUGAACGACAAGAGCGAGGAGGUGGAGCUGUGCUCCUCCGUCGAGUGCAAGGGCAUCAUUGGCAACGACAGCCGCCAUUACAUCUUGGACUUGCUGCGCACGUUCCCGCCGGACCUCAACUUCCUCCCGGUGGAAGGCGAGGAGCUCCCGGAGGAAUGCACCAACAUGGGCUUCCCAAAGGAACAUCGACACAGGCUGUCCUGCCUCAGGCAGGAGCUCAUCGAAGCCUUUGUCGAGCACAGGUAUAUUGUCUUCAUGAAACUGGCUGCCUUGCAGCUGAUGCAGCAGAAGGCCAACAAGCAGGAGAAGGAGUGCCCGGCCGUGACGGAGAACGGCGGCUCCAGCCCAGCCGACGGGAACGCCACAGAAAGCAGCAAAGCCCUGUCUGAAGAUGGUAAGGCUGAGGGGACCCUCUGUGGCUUAGACCAAACCAGAAACCUUGCCGAGUCCAUUGCGUCAGAGGACGAAACAGUCGACCCCAAGAGCAAGGAGGUGAUUCUGAAUGCCUGCAAGGCAGUGGGUUCCAUCAGCAGCACGUCCUUUGAUAUCCGCUUCAACCCAGACAUAUUUUCCCCAGGUGUUCGUUUCCAUGACAACAGCUGUGACGAAGUCGAGAAGCAGAAGCAAUUGUUGAAAGACGCCGCGGCCUUCUUGAUUUCCUGCCAGAUUCCAUCGCUGAUUAAAGACUGUGUCGAUCACACUGUGCUUCCAAUGGACGGAGCCACGUUGGCAGAAGCGAUACAUCAAAGAGGCAUCAACAUCCGUUACAUGGCCAAGAUAGUGGAGUAUGUGUCAAAGAGCCAAGCAAGGCAGCAGUUGGAUCACAUCCAUAAACUUGGAAUUACGGAACUGAUUACCCGGUCUGCCAAACAUAUCUUCAGAACAUAUCUUCAGGGUGUGGAGCUGUCUGGUCUGUCGGCAGCCAUAAGCCAUUUCCUAAACUGCUUCCUCAGCUCCUUCCCCAACCCCAUCGCUCACCUCCCGACUGACGAACUGGUCUCGAAGAAAAAGAGGAACAAGAGGAAGGCCCGGCAUUUGGGCAACGUGGACAACACGGCCUGGGCUAGCACCACCCCACAGGAGCUGUGGAAGAACAUCAGCAACGAGACCAAGAGUUACUUCAACUUCACUAUAGAGUGUGAGAGUGUGGAUCAGGCAGUGGAGAGGUAUGGCCUGCAGAAAAUUAGUUUAUUAAGGGAAAUCUGCGUCAAGUCAGGAAUACAGAUUUUACUCAAGGAAUACAACUUUGACAGCCGGCACCGGCCGACUUUCACCGAGGAGGAUAUCCUCAACAUCUUCCCCGUUGUCAAGCACGUGAAUCCCAAGGCAUCGGAUGCCUUCCAUUUCUUCCAAAGCGGACAAUCUAAAGUUCAACAAGGGUUCUUGAAAGAAGGCUGUGAGCUCAUCAACGAGGCAUUAAAUCUUUUCAACAACGUUUAUGGUGCAAUGCACGUGGAAAUCUGUGCCUGCCUGCGGCUCCUGGCUCGGUUAAACUACAUCAUGGGCGAUAAUAACGAGGCCUUGAACAAUCAGCAGAAGGCAGUGUUGAUGAGUGAACGAGCAUUGGGAGUAGAUCACCCCAACACAAUCCAGGAAUACAUGCACCUUGCCCUGUACUGCUUUGCCAAUGGUCAGCUGUCCACGGCCUUAAAACUACUGUACCGAUCUCGCUACCUCCUGAUCCUAGUGUACGGUGAGGACCAUCCAGAAAUGGCCCUGUUGGAUAGUAACAUUGGUCUUGUUUUACACGGGGUGAUGGAGUACGACCUUUCCCUCAGGUUCCUGGAGAGUGCUCUGACCAUCAAUGGAAAAUAUCACGGAACAAAAUCUCUCAAAGUUGCCAUGAGCCACCAUCUGGUCGCACGAGUCUACGACAGCAAAGCGGAGUUUCGUUCAGCGUUGCAGCACGAGAAAGACGGGUACACCAUCUACAAAAACCAGUUCGGUGAGAAUCAUGAAAAGACCAAAGAAAGUUCAGAGUAUUUGAAAUACCUCACGCAGCAGGCAGUGGCUCUGCAGCGUACCAUGAAUGAGAUCUACAAGAACGGAUCAAACGCCAGUAUUCUUCCACUCAAGUUCACAGCUCCCAUCAUGUCGAGUGUGUUAGAACAGCUCAACGUCAUCAACGGGAUUCUCUUCAUUCCCCUCAGUCAGAAGGAGCUGGAGAAUCUGAAGGCUGAGGUGCACAGGCGUCAGGCACUGCACGACACCUUCUGCAUCGCCGAGCAAGAGAACUCGGCUGAAGGGACGGGAACUGAAUCCGACCACGGGAAGAGCCAGGCCAUCGUCGAAACGUCCACAGCCCAGGCUUCAGCGUAAAGAGGGGGGCUCUCGCCCUUCCAGAACCUUCCGGAAGCUGGGGCCCGGGGCUUGCAGCCAGGAGGAGGAAGAGACGUGUUGCAAUAACUGCCGUGUCUCACACCAAAACAAAUGCACUGGUACCUAUUAAUGUGUUGCAUUUCGUGUUUCUUUUUAUUUUUCUUCUUCUUUGGAAAUGAAACCUGCAAUUGCAGAUCUGACUAAUAUCAAAGCCUUAGCAGCGGCAUCAGCUGCACAAUGUCUUUUUCUUUUUAAGGGAAAAAAAACUAUAUUUAAAAAUAAUAGUUGCUUGCAAACCGUCACUUGUAAAGUUCUACAACUCACUUGUACAGUCACUAAAUCAAUCAGCUCUUUGUAAACUACAUGUGUAAUAGCCUCAAGAAACUGUACAUAUAACAAAAUUCCAAAAGAAUGAACCUUGGAAUACUUAAAAUACUCAGGUCAUUAUAUUGUUGUAUAAGGGCACCAACUGAAAAAGAAAUUGAGACUUUGAUAUUCAGAACCAACUUGUUCUUUCCAUUUUGCAACUGUUGAUGAUUUACUGCCGCUACGUCCAACUAGUUCAGCAAACAAACCUGGCCAGGAAUCAGGUUCCCCUUCAGCUGAUGCCACCGGUACAGGGAAACUAUGCUCCCAUUUUAAUUGUCAACAACAAAUUUCCACCUCUUUUUGUUUUUCCCCUCCGAUGCAAUCCACUUAAAAAAGCUGGUGACUUUCAUAUCCUGGAAACCGUCCACAUUAUAUUUGGAAACUUGUGUGUUUGCUAUUAGUAACUGGAUUGUUCUCUCUCGGGGGAGACUUCUGCUUCGAAUUGGAAUUCGAGUUUGGAAUUGGAAUUGAAAUUUGAAUUGGAAUUCAAAUUGGAAAUGGAAUUGUAAUUCGAGAGUUGGAAUUGGAAUUUGAAUUGGAAAUGGAAUUCGAAUUGGAAUUAAAAUUGGAAAUGGAAUUGGAAUUCAAAAUUAGAAUUCAAAUUGGAAAUGGAAUUGUAAUUCGAGUUGGAAUUGGAAUUUGAAUUGGAAAUGUGAUUCAAAUUGGAAUUCAAAUUGGAAAUGGAAUUGGAAUUCAAAUUGGAAAUGGAAUGGGAAUUGGAAUUCGAAGUGUCUUUCAAGCCAGUGAAUUAGCCGCAACCUGUACUAGGGUUUUUGUUUUGUAUUGCAUUGUGGCAAAGUUUCAGAGCAGUGUGUCUGAGGGACAGUGGGAUUUUCUUAGUCCAGUUACGUGUGACGAAGCCACUUGCACGUUGCACAGUGCACUCACCGGGGUGGAUCUUGUACUUUCCAGUGAUAGCUGUGACCAAGAGAGACAAUGACGCUAUUUAAAAUAAAUAAAUAAAUAAAUGACCCUCGAGCAGCCUAUGUAUGUUGUGGUACUGAUGAUACAGAGAUACAUUUAUGAAGAGAAAUAAAUGCUAUAUAGUAUAUUCUCAAAUUGUAUAAUCGUAUUUCACGUGAUGUGAUUAUGGAAUCUUUACACAGUAACUGCCUCUCAUUAAGAGUGUGUAAUCAGUGUCUGAGUAAGAUACAUUUUCUUUUUAUCGGGGUGACCAUGUGAUUUUCCUUGCACUGCUUUCCGAACUGUAGCCUGGGUGUAUGAAUUAAUGCAAAAAUCAUUCUAAAUUUCCGCAGUCUAUUGCCCCACUGAAUGUUAACAUUAUGCUAAAAGCUUUCAGAUUUUUCUCAAAUGCUGGAGAGGGGAGGGGGGUGGGGGGGGGUUAUGUGUAAAUGUGUGGCAUUCUGUGUAGAAAGCAAGAAAGGCUAAAGGGGGUAUCUUCAAUGCAAACCAACUUGUUCUUAAAUUAUUUGAAUUCACCACCAACUGUUCAAUAAAUGAUGAGCAAGAUGCG